ACUAGGGGUCAGUGUUUUGUCCAUCACCGACUCUACGGACCCGAAAAGUUUCCGGGGCUUUCCAGAAACGGGCCCUUGGCCGCGAUCACCGCGAGUUGGACAUCCCAGACAAAGAUCAAAGGUGACGCGUAUUCGAGAAUGUAUUAAUAUUUUACUUGCCACUUGUCUGUCGAUAAAUACUAGCUGCAGCUAAAUUCGUCAAGAAAGCGUUCAAUUCCGAUAAAAAUAACUCCCCCGUAGUGUACUUGUUUGUUUUGCAUAGGCUGGCUAAAAAAUGUACGAAGAUUUAUAACGCGUGCAUAGCUAUUGUACAACUAAUUAAACCCAUUGUUUCGCGACGUUUUCGCUGCCGUUAUGGUUUAUAAAAGGUCCCUGCCGUGUUGUGGUUUAAAAGUCACGGUGUCCGUGUGUCAGAGCUUUGCGUCUACAUUUGAGAUGAUAUUGAGUUAUUUUUGCAGCAUGCCUGUUGUAGAAUGGCAAAUACAAGUACAGCCACUGGUAAGUAGCUCAGAAAUGCUACUUCAAAUAUGAAUUAAUGGAGCAGUGAUGAAAACACGCACACUUCCUCGCACAGCCUAUUCAAGCGAUUACGGAAGUCUUGUUUUUUAUCUGAACUUUUCUUCUCCUCACUCAAACAAAUUGUCGAAUUCAUAGAUCCCGUAAAUGACCAAUCGUCUACUUCCAUGCCUGGGUUACAGAAAUGGGAAUGCAGGACCGUUCGCUUGCUAAUAAAAAAUUACACCUUUUCAAGAAGGGGAAAACAACAAAGAAAGAUGUUUUACAAAAAAUUGCUGACCGCUUUAACGAAACCUCAACGGUGAAAGUGAGCGGCGAUCAGUGCUUGAGGAAAUGGCUGAAACUGGAAGCAAAGUUUAAAGAGAUUGAAGAAAACAAUAACCUGAAGGGCCGAGCCAAAAAGUCGUGGACGUUUUAUGAAGACUCGGAGGAAGCUAUUAGAGACAGCCCAAAGGUGAACCCAGCGUAUACUUACCACGUCGCAGGCGGGACGCUGACUUCAUCAUUAAACGUAUACAAUUCCGAAUCAGACGAAGACGGUGGUGUACAAGAUGAUGAGAUUGGAAGCACCACAAAGCGAGCAAAGACACCAAAGAGCAGAGAGAGGAAAAGAAAGAGUCACUCUUCAGCUGCAGAGAUGCUUUCCUUUUUUGCACUCUUACAAAGAAAAGAAGGAAAAAGUGGAAGACGAAAAACUUAAUUUGCUCAGGGAAAUUGUUAUGAGAAAAUUCGCCGUUGCCCAGUCAUUUUGUAAAAUUAUAGAAAAGCCAACAGUAGCCUCUUU